AUGGAAUUGCGGCCUAUGGUCAGGGUUACGGUCAGCCCGUGGAUGCAUAUAACGGCGGUCAAUUUUAUCGCGGUGGUUAUGGGUGUGUUCGCUGGGUCGUAUCCUGCGGCUGGGUCGUUUCCGGUAGCUCAAUCCGUGCAGCAGUAUGGUUCUGGUCUGCUGGCGAAUGUUUCUGGUUUCCAUAGGAAUGGAAUAAGAAGACCUGCGGCUGGUCGGAGAACGGAGUUGGGCAAGAGGGUAGUGAAGAAGCACAGUGGUGUGUUUCCGGGGCCUACGAACCUGGAGCAAGUUGAGGGGCGAGUGCAGAUUACUCCGGCGAGCGAUCGGCAACUGGACUGGUUGCAGCACGCGAUCGAAGAGUUACAGGAUACGCGUUUGAUUCAGAAGCGUGUCGUGGCGACGGAUAUAAUGCGUAGUUUUGUCGCCAGCUUCUCGGAGAUAAAUCGAUUAAUGCAGACUCGUUUGCCAGAGGAUUUCAAGAAGUUGCGCAAAAUUUAUAAAGUUAUACCCACUCCCGAGGAGCUGAGGGCGAAGCGGAGCCGCCUUGCGCGCUUGAGGGAGGAAGACGUGCCUGGCGGGCUCGAGCAGAUCAUGUAUGAGGUGGAUGAAAAUAGCUGCAAACGCGUGUGGCAGAUAUUUGUAGAAUUAGCUGGCAAACACUACAGGCGAAAUGCCGGUGCGGCAACGGGCGAGGGUGCUUCGGUAGCAGCGGAGGAAGGUUUGAAGUUAUUGACAGGGGACGCGAAGGUGUUGAUUGACGAGAUCCGUCAGAUUUCUGGGCCGCAUUAUUUGAACCGUACUUUGUACGCGAACGAGAAGCAUUUCUCGGGUGCCGAUUUCAAGGACCCGCCGGCCGCUGACGACGACGCAGAGGAAGAGGCAGCGGAGCGCGUGAGGGACCGCGUUUUCAGUGCUGUUCCUAACCAAGGUACUCCACCCUCUCUACGACGUCUCGUUGGAGCACCGGUACAAGACGCUCUUAGGGAUGUCCAGAGACUACCCCGACAUACACUAAGUGCACAGCAUAUCAAACACUUGCGAGCCAGCCCUCUCUUCGCCAGACUAGAAACCUUCCGCCAAAUGGAACGGGCACUCGCCCCCGUCACACAGGCCCUAUGCGAUGCCAUGCAGGAACUAUUCUCCCUCACCCGUUCGCAAGAUACCGUCGCCGGCGGCGUCUCCGCCGAUGUUAUCGAAUGGUGGGUAGGUAACUUUGCUUGGCAACAAACAUUCGCUUUCCAAAACCGACUUCGCGUAGGCAGACUCAUUUCAGCCAGACCUUACAGCACCUACGAGUCCGCACCCACCAGCCGCUAUCGACCCAAAGGCAGGAUCCCCAAGAGCGGAAUCAUGCGGUCACCCACUUACCGCAUACUCGGCAACGUCGAAAAGGUCAAGGGAGAAAGCAUAUACGACGAAUACGGCGGAUACGGCGGAUACGGCGGAUACUUCUAA